AACAACCACUAACUCAGUCUCUAACACUGUCAACAAAGAACAACCAAAUAACUUCUCUUCACCAGAGCAAAUCAAAACAAACCCAGCACAUGACUUAAUAUCAUCACCCAAACAAACAAAUUUGGAUAGACCCAGUGAAACUUCCACGGACCCGAUUUAUAGACUUAAUGGAAAUUUUUUCAUGGCCCCUAUACUUGAUGAAGACACUCAAAUAACUAAUAUCAUUAACCCCCAAACUAUGGGCUCAUAG